GAAACAUUGUGGAUUUGCUUACCUACCUCCUUCUGAAGACUAGAGGUCGGCCGACAGCGUGAGAUUCCUGAGCGUCUUACCAUCCUACGGCUCCAACAUGUUCUGUUGGUUAAGUCGACUGUGCAGGGGAUUAUCCACACCCACCAGAAGGACCACCCAGUUGAUCUGGAGUUCUGCCUCCCGAAAUCUGGUACUGAGUUCACAGAGGAGAAAUCCAGAACUCAGUAGCUUUGUUGCCCGGACCAACACGUGUGGAGAGUUGCGUUCUUCUCACUUAGGCCAAGAAGUCACCUUGUGUGGAUGGAUUCAGUUCCGAAGGCAAAAUAUCUUCCUAGUCCUAAGAGAUUUCCAUGGACUUGUUCAAGUUGUCAUUCCCCAGGAUGAGUCUGCUGCUUCGGUGAAGAAGAUUUUAUGUGAAGCCCCCAUGGAGUCUGUGGUGCAGGUGUCUGGGACAGUAAUUUCCCGACCUCCAGGACAGAAGAACCCAAAAAUGCCAACAGGUGAGAUUGAAAUCAAAGUUAAGACAGCUAAACUUCUGAAUUCCUGCAAGAAGCUGCCCUUUGAAAUUAAGGACUUUAUGAAGAAAACAGAGGCUCUUCGUUUGCAGUACCGCUACUUAGAUUUGCGUAGUGUCCAAAUGCAGUAUAAUCUGCGACUGAGAUCCCAGAUGGUCAUGAAAAUGCGGGAAUAUCUCUGUAAUCUACAUGGUUUUGUAGAUGUAGAAACACCAACAUUAUUCAAGAGGACUCCAGGGGGUGCAAAAGAGUUUGUUGUACCAUCCAGGGAACCUGGGAAGUUUUAUUCUCUCCCUCAGAGUCCUCAACAGUUUAAGCAGCUUCUGAUGGUUGGUGGUCUAGACAGAUAUUUUCAGGUUGCCCGAUGUUAUCGAGACGAAGGUUCGAGACCAGACAGACAGCCCGAAUUUACUCAGAUUGACAUAGAGAUGUCCUUUGUAGACCAGACGGGUGUCCAGAGUCUAAUUGAGGGCUUGCUCCAGUAUUCGUGGCCCAGUGACAAAGAUCCUGUGGUGGUCCCUUUUCCUUCUAUGCCUUUUGCUGAGGCACUGGCCAGCUAUGGAACUGAUAAACCUGACACUCGCUUUGGGAUGAAGAUUGUAGAUAUCAGUGACAUGUUCAGAAACACAGAAGUUGGAUUUCUCCAAGAUGCCCUUAGUAAACCCCAAGGAACUGUCAAAGCCAUAUGUAUCCGUAAAGGAGCAAAAUACUUGAAAAGGAAGGACAUUGAGUCCAUUAGAAAAUUUGCAGCUGACCAUUUUAAUGAGGAGGUCUUACCUAUAUUCCUGAAAACCAAUGAAACCUGGAAUUCUCCAGUUGCUAAGUUCAUAAUUGAGGAGCAAGGCUUGGGACUUAUCAAACUGUUGGAGACCCAAGAGGAGGAUGUGGUCCUGCUCACUGCCGGAGAGCACAAGAAAGCAUGCUCUUUGAUGGGAAAAUUACGACUGGAGUGUGCUGACCUUCUAGAAGCAAGAGGAGUGGUGCUUCGUGACCCAGCUCUGUUCUCUUUCCUUUGGGUGGUGGAUUUCCCCCUCUUCCUUCCCAAGGAGGAAAAUCCCCAAGAGCUGGAGUCAGCCCACCACCCAUUUACUGCUCCCCAUCCAAAUGACAUUCACCUUCUUUACACUGAGCCCCACAAGGUCCGUAGCCAACACUAUGACUUGGUUUUAAAUGGCAAUGAGAUAGGAGGUGGUUCUAUCCGAAUUCAUAAUUCAGAGAUUCAGCAUUACAUCCUGGCCACAGUACUAAAGGAAGAUGUGAAAUUGCUCUCCCAUCUGCUCCAGGCUUUAGAUUAUGGGGCACCCCCUCAUGGAGGAAUUGCCUUAGGGUUAGACAGACUGAUGUGCCUUGUCACUGGAGCACCAAGCAUCAGAGAUGUCAUCGCCUUCCCCAAAUCCUUCCGUGGGCACGACCUCAUGAGCAAUGCCCCAGAUUUUAUCCCUCCUGAGGAACUGAAGCCCUAUCACAUCCAGGUCUCCUGGCCAACAGCUGCAGAAACAGAAAAGAGCUCAUCGAAUCAUCCGUGCCUUUCAGAAAGUUGAGCUAUUGAAUUUUGUCCUUUGUUUCCCCAAGGCUAAAGUUAGAUCUGAAGUUCAGCCACAGAUCUGACUUC